UUGACAAUAUGACUCUAAAAUUCAUAUAAUAUGAUCUCAAACAAAAUAAUUAUGUUUUUUGGUAUAAAACCGAAUAAACCGAAAACCGACGGUAUAUAAACCGAACCGAACCGAAGUAAAUAUGGAUUUAGAAUGGUAGUUAUAUUUUACUAACCGAAAUACCGAAAACCGAAAAAAACCGAACCGAAACCGAACCGAUAUCCGGAUUGAACACCCCUAAGUGAAGGUGAUUAGAAACUCAACGACAAAAAGAAAUCAUUUAUUUAAUGAAUAUUUUAUUUAUUUAAAAUAAAAAUAAGAAUAAAAAACGAAAUAAAAGGUUGUUAAAGAAAAACCAUGGGAAAACCCGUGAAAAAUUAUAAGUACAUACUUUAUUUAUUUAUUUUUAAUAGAAACUAAAUUAUUAUAAGAAUUAUAUUUUACCAUCAAAAAUUUAUAAUGAGUAUCUCUACUGUUGGAUGUUUUUAACAUUUGACGCGAUAUAAUACUUUUUAUUGUUUUUAUGGAACUUACUCUUUCGUAUUAAAAAACAAAAAAAAAUACUUUGUGACCAAAAAAUAAAUAGGUGAUCCAAAUUUUGAAAACUUUUGAAGCCACAAAAACCAUAUCUUCUUGGACCCAGACAUGAAAAAUGAAAAGAGAGUUUGUGUAGUAGAAUGAUUGCUAGACGAUAACAUGAUCUUAAGGAACUAAAAAAACAAUCGUAAAAUAAUAUAUCUUUGUCUACGUCGUGAAAUACUAUUUAUUAUGCUACAUGUACAAAUAUUUUUAGACUUUAAUAGAUUUAUCCUCAAUUUUCAGUGGUCGAUAAAUCGAACUCAGAUGCUCAAAGUUCUUGCAGAAUGAUAGGAUUCCCCUAAAUACAAGGCAGUCGAAUAGUUUUCUUUUUUUUUCAUAUCAAAAACUUAUUCUAGUCUGAAAAAUAGAUCAAAAUCAAAAAAUUAACAUAAAAAAUUCUUAUGAAAAGACUACAGUUUUACUUAAUAAAUUAUUAAUUUCAUUCUGUGUCCUAGGUACAUAAAAAAAUCUUGAAGAAUUAAAAUAUUCGUUGUAAUGCAGCUAUUUUUCAACUCUGUUGAAUAGUUUCAAACACAUCUUCCGUAAAGAAAAGAGAAUUUGUAUUCCCUACACACCAAAUAUCACAUAUUUGCACUCCAUACACUAUAUCCCUCUAAUUUUUUUCCCCCUAUCAUUACCAUUUACCCCCCAUUCUAUGGUAUCUCACCAUUUUUAGUAUAUUCAGCAAAUUAGCUCUAAAGAAAAUAUCUUGAGAGGUGAAUAUGAUGUUUACGUAACUGGUUAUGAUCAUGACUUUGUAAUAAAAUAAGUAACACCAGAGUAUAUAUUUUAUUAUUAAAGCCCAACCCGAACUCAAACAGAAAGUACAAGAACUUUGGUCAGCUAUUGUGUUUAGGGUAGGUAUCAUUUUUCUUUUUCUUUUUGAAUUCAAGAAGUUCUGACCUUAAGCUCAUAAUCUCUUUGGACAGAGACAAGAACUGGAUGUUUAGUCCCAUUCCCCCAACUGCUGAGAUACGAACCUGGUAUUUCUACCUUUUGGAAAAAAAGCUUUAGACCAUCUCCAAUGUAUUUUGCUAUUUUCACCUCUAAAAUAGGGGAACUCUAUAAUAGAAGUGAGAUAUGCUCCAAUGUAUUCCCCUCAAAUAGCAAUCUCUAAAAUAUAGAGUAAAAAAUAGAGGAAUGCUAUUUAUUUCUCUAUAAAUAGAGGAAAAAAUAGAGAUCUCUAUUAUAGAGGAAGAAAUAGAGGUGGAUUGGAGCAAUUUCACCUCUAAAUGCUAUUAUAGAGGUGAAAAUAGCAAUGGGUUGGAGAUGAUUUUAGUAGUAGAGGUAGCAGCUCCUGGUUAAGGUAUCAUUUUAGUUACAAGGUGUUGAAAAACUUUGUUCUUGAACAAGAAAAGAAAACAAAAUAAUCAGUAUAAGAAUAAGAAAUAGCACUUCACUGCAGUUGAGUGAAUUUAAAACAUUAAGAGAAGGAAGUUCAAAAAAAAAAAAACCCUAACGCCUGCAACACUCUCUCGAACCUUCAUAGAUAUAUUCAGAGUAUUAGGGUUCUUCUUAAUCUCCUGCAUCGUCUUGAAAAAACAAGCUGCUGCAAAUAAACACCAGUACUCGGAUUCAAUGGAGGUCUGUUUGGUCUCGACGCGUCGGCUUAUCCCGAUUUGAGCGUUUUGUUGUUCUGAUUAAUCUCUAUACCUAUCUUAGUAAAAUGAACAUGGACUAGAUACCUGAUUCAAAUCUUUAAAUUAUACACCAUGCACUGUUCUGCAUGUGCUGCCGUCUUCUAUGAAUAGCAAAGGACUCGAAACAGAUGAAUCCAAAUCUAUCCUAAGAUUAAUGCAUUCACUUGUUCAAUCAAGUAAUCUGGUGCUCAUCUAGCAGAGACCAAAUGUAUUACCACAAAGAAAAUAGUGCUCUUUCACAAAUCUCUUUUUACAUAAUUGCAGUCAUACUCUCUUUGUAUUUAUGUCAUUAUUUCCACAUUCAAGAGUCAAGAGUCAUAUGAACGCAGACUACAAGGAUCAUUUUAUAUCACCUAGUCCAAUUGACUCAUAAAAUGUGAAAGUUGAUACAUUUUUUUAGACAGCUAACCUUAUUUGCCUAAGUGAUAGAUCUCAGCCUUAGACUAUCAACAAUGGUCUUUCUACACAUCCUCCACCUCAUCUCCUAUCUCUUCCAUAUCAUCUUCUCUUCCUUCUACCAACUAAUUCAACAACCACUAAAUUUUUCUAUUCUACAAUGGCUUGUUGAGAAAAAUUCAAUAUCUUUUCUUAUAAUUUUUUUCUUUCACAAUUUUGCCUUCUUAUAUGUUUUUUUUUUCCCAUUACAUAUUGAAAUUUAUGGAUUAAUAUUAAACUGAAAUAAUUAAGAAUUAGAACUAUUGAUUAAAGUUAAAUAACAAUAGUUAAUAAUUGGGAUUUAUUUCAUUAGAAUUUUUUUUUUGAAAAUUGAUAAAUUUUGAGGUAAUAAUAAAUUUUAGAAAAUAAAAAAUUAUGAUAUAAUUUAUCUCAAAUAAUUCAAAUGAAAAAAUAAAUCAAAAAUCUCUAUGACCAAUAAUUUAAUGACAAAUGGUCAUUAAAGACUCCACUUUAUGGAUUCAACAUUGUUGAAUUCUUUCAACCAUGUUUAAUACACCUAGGAUUCAACUUGUUUUUCAGUAGACUUUUGUACUCUUUCAACUACUGAAUUAUUUAUUCAAUAAACCAUUGUAGAGAGUCUUAGAUAACAUUUUUCUUAUCACACACAUGUUUCCAAAUACUUUGGCUUUUUGAAUUAAAAUCUUGUUCAAACCAGAUAAACAGAACAAAGCUUAUCGUUUGUUAUGCAUACUUUAAGUUUGGAGACAUAUGGUUUUCCUUGACAUAUUCUUCCACCUGUUUCAGACAUAUAUUUAUUUCCUUAAUAAAAUAUAUUUUUUAACUUUAAAGAAAAUACCAUAUUCUUUUGUUUGACUAGUAUAGAUUUUCACAUAUUAAUUACUUUUUAUAAUAUUUUUUAUCUUAUGUAUAUUCUUCCACCUAUUUCACAAAUAUAUUUCUUUCCUUAAUAAAAGAUAUUUUAACUUUAAAGAAAAUACCAUAUUCUUUUGUUUGACUAGUAUACAUUUUCAGAUAUUUAAUUACUUGCUAUAAUAUUUUUAUCUUAUAUAUAGUUUUUACUUGUCAUAAAACAUUUUUAACUUUUGGAUUUAAAUCAAGAUGACUGAUAAGAGAAGAAACCUUAUUUUGUGAGUUAUCUGUCUCUUUCAUUCUCAAUCUCUCUCAAUAAUUGAAGGUUAAAUGAAAAUUUAAAAACAAAAUCAAAGGCUCCUUUGAUAUUAUUGGUAGAUCAUUAUCUUCUAAUCAAGUUCAUAAUAAUCUCACAUAGUAUUUGCAUGAUUUGAGGAUUUAAUUAGAUUUUUGUUUCUGCAAAAGUACAUGAUCUAGAGAUAUCAUAAAAUUCUGGAAUUUUGUGACCUAUCCACGAUCUUAUCUCUUACUUGGAAUUCGAGACCCAUAAUUGUGUACAGAUUUUGAUCUUCCAGUUUGGAACAAUUUAUGGCUUUUAAAACGUAAAAAUGAUCUCCAUAUUAGAUUAUGAUGAUAGUAUGUUUUUUUGUCUCUUCUGAUAAAUACGGUUUGAAUGUGAAUUAUAAUCUGUGUAGGCGAAUCAGAAUAUGUAGGGGUUAUAAGACAUAUAUGUGUUUUAGUGAUUUUUUUUUGUCACAAUCAUUUAUCUGGUUUUCCUGAAACAUAUAUCGUAUUCAGUGAAGAGCCUAAUAUGAUAUUUUAUCUGAUGCCUUGUAAUCGAAUUUGUGGUCUGUCUCUCACUCAAAAAUUAUGACUUCCAGUUUGAGACAUCUUUUUAAUAUAAUGAUAAUUCAUGCAUGUUUUAAUUUUGUUGAUCUAACUAUUUAUAGGUCCAACAAAGAUGUCAACAACAACAACAAUAGGCCUGAGAGAGAAAACAUUUUCAGUUUUGACCUUCCAUCAUGCCUCUUGGGAUUAAUAAUGUCACUGCUUAUGUUAAAAGAUAAAAUUCGUGCAUCUACCGUCUGCAAGAAAUGGCUUGAAGCCGCUAAAUCUGUUAGGGUUGUUCAUAAGCAUCAAUGGUUUGUCUCCAUUCCUACAUUUGGAAACUCUAUUAAUCUUUUCGAUCCAUUGGAGAGGAAGAAGUACACACUGAAUCUGCCUGAGAAAGGUGUAACUGAUGUUGCUUACUCAAAAGACGGAUGGUUGCUUAUGCGCAGAUCAUCCUUUGUGGAAUUCUUCUUCUUCAACCCCUACUCUCGGGAGCUCAUAAGCUUGCCAGACAAUGAAUUGCCAUAUAAGGCAAUUGCUUUCUCUUCUGCUCCUACAUCGGAAACUUGUACUUUGGUCACAUUAAACCGAAUUUCAGAAUAUAUUGUGGCCAUCAGCACUUGCUAUCCUGGAGCAACUGAGUGGAUAACCAAAAAGUUUCAUUGCUAUCUUGCUUUUGGCCCCAAUGUCCAUAGCAACCUUCUUUGUGUUAAUGAUCGCUUCUACUGCUUCACCUCAGGAGGUGUUUUAUUUGAAUUUGAUCCAGCUUCUCGCACAUUGAGUCAGCAAGCAUGGGAUGAUGUUAGAUUCCCAGAAAUUCAUAACAAUGAAUGGUCGUAUCUGCCAAAGGAACUUUACUUGAUGGAGCAGAAAGGAGAGCUAAUUCUCAUGUAUACAUAUGGAGCUGAGAAACCAGUGGUGUAUAAGUUGGUCUCUUCAAAAUGGGAAGAGAUGAGUAGUACACUAGACGGCUUGACAAUCUUUGCAAGUAUGUAUUCCUCGGAGACCAGAAUGGAUGUUUUAGGGAUGAAGAACAGCGUGUACUUCCCAAAGUAUGGCUUACGUAACAACAUGCAAUGUGUAUCCUACUCAUAUAAUGAUGCCAGGUACUAUCCGGGUCUGCCGGAACGACGAUUACUAUGCCCUGUUGAUAGUCUUUGGAUCGACCCACCACCAUUUCUAAAGUAACUUGAGUGCGCUUUGAGGGUUUGUUUUAUAUUUUAAUAUAUGCAUCAAUCGUCGCAUCUGAAAAACUUGUAGACUUGAGUUUUAAACUAUGAGAUUGUGGGAAAUUUAUUAUUAUGGUUUAAACUUUCAGAUUAUUUUGCAUGUGAUUGAUAUGAUUUAACUUUAAUUUUUUUUUUUGUUGAAUGGAGAUCCCCUAAUAAUAUUUUUAUCAUCCAAAUUCAAAAGAAAAUGAACACACAAAGCUGAGAUGUUUGUAUAUUAUACACUUUAGGUUUAGGGUAGCUUUUUACAAAACAAUAAUUGUGAAUUAGGUACCACAUAAGUUUUAUUGGAGGUCAACUUCUCAUUUUAAUUAAAAAUAAAUCAGAAUCAGUUGUUUUGAGAAACUCGAAUCUAAAAUGCUUUCAAAAGACCUCUUAAAUCAAUUGAAAACUGACUUAAAAAAAAUCAUUUGAAAACUAUCAUUUCCAUUUUGGAAAUA